AGAAGGUCCAAUCACUUGGCAUUUUAUAAUAGAAUUGUUUUCUGGUUCGAAUUGCAAUUGAAAUAUAUUAAAUAUCGUUUUUAAGAAAUUUAGCGAUAUCAGUGGUGCUGGGUUUGUUUUGUGGAGUAGUAGUGCAUCUGAGCUAUGGAAUCUGAUCGUCAACCGCAGCUCAGUCCAAUUAGGGCUUUCCAAGUACUACACGGGGCUAGUGUGGAGGGUGAGGAGUUAAACACAAGCCUCUCGGACUACCACGACUACGAGCCCAGGUUGGAGUUUGAUGAUCGUGAAGUCACAGAAAAUCUAUAUCUUGCUCCAUUACCACCUGAAUUGCUAGAUUUAACAGGCGACAUUAUAAAACGUUCGGCGAGCGAUGGAACCAUAGAGGAAAAUUUUGAAGCAGAACUAGCUAGUGGGCUGGAAGUCUAUGCUGAGAUAUCGUCUUCGUCUCUGGAUGACGACAGCUUCGCCGAAUUGAACAGCUCAGGGUUAGUGGAAGUUGUGGGUGAUGAUGAAAUUGGACGUCGUAUUAUCGUAGUAUCGGCCUGUAGACUGCCGCCCAGGGAGUCCUUACACCAAGACAAACUGUUAAGGUACUUAAUGUUCACACUUGAUAAAUACGUAGAACAAGAUUAUAGCCUUGUCUACCUACAUUGUGGCCUCAAUAGCAGCAGUAAACCACCCCUGUCUUGGCUCUGGAAGGCAUACAAGGCAUUCGACAGAAAAUAUAAGAAAAAUUUGAAAGCGUUAUAUUUAGUACACCCCACAAAUUUUAUAAGAGUUGUGUGGCAAAUGUUAAGGCCGGCUAUAAGCGUAAAGUUUGGCAGAAAAAUGAUGUACGUCAAUUAUUUGCAUGAACUACAACAAUAUUUGAAUUUGGACAAACUUUGCAUACCUGAACAAGUUCUGGAGUAUGACAAAUUGCUUCUGUCGAAGAACCCAAAGGCGGCAGAGAUUGCACGACUUCAAUCACAGCCAAAAGAGCCAAAACCAACAUCAACGGACCGGAGUGACGCGAAGUCCGCGCCUAAAUCUAGCCUUUCGCCGCCCCCUACCCAACAGUUCGGCGUUUCGCUGCAGUUCGUCAAGGAGAACAAUGCUGAUAUGGUGGACUCAAUUCCACCUGUGGUCAGGCAGUGCGUCGAGUUCUUGUCACAACCUGAUGGUUUGGAAACUGAGGGAAUAUUUCGUCGUUCAGCCAAUAUACUGGUUAUUAAAGAACUACAGCGCGCCUGCAAUAAAGGCGAGAAGAUAUCGUUCAGGAACGAUCCACACAACGCGGCUGUUUUAUUGAAGACGUUCUUUAGGGACUUGGAGGAGCCCCUUAUGACCUUUGAACUGUACAACGAGAUAUUGAAAUUCCAGACCUGGUCCAAUAGCGAGAAGCCAAGGCGGGUGAAAAUUUUGAUUCUGGAGAUGCUGCCCUUAGAUAACUACAAGCUGUUGAAGUACAUUAUGCAGUUCUUGUGGAAGGUGCAAGACAGAAGUUGCUUGAACAAGAUGACCAGCAGCAAUCUCGCUGUUGUUUUCGGGCCAAACUUGGCCUGGCCGCCCAAUGGACAGAUGUCUUUACAGGCCAUCGCUCCUAUCAACGCGUUCACCGAUUUCGUCCUAAGGAAUCAAGAGUCCAUUUUUAUUAUUUGAACGCAAAUAUCCGCGGACGCACGUCUUCUAACAAUCAAACCCUCUCCCGACCAACCUCAAACAAGUAGGGCGAGUCGUGGAACAAGAGGUGAUAAAGAGAAAAAACCUCGCCACUGUUUCUGUGUAUAAAUACAGGUAAUAUCUCUCCGUUGUGAAUUUCUAAUUGUACCUGAUGUGCUUUGAGUAUUAUUAAAGUGAUACUACUAUGAGCUGAAUGCCAUUUAAUGCAUAUAAUAAAUAAUUUAACCAGUAUAAUAUAUUACUAUUAAUUUAUAUUUUUUAUUUAAUGUUAUGAAAUGUACGUUUACGCAGUGAUGUAAUAUGAAACUAUAUGAUCUGAGAUACAAGAAAAAUUCACCGGAUCGGUCCCUCGCUUCAUCUAAAAAGAUAAAUUUAAUUAAACACAUUAAAGAAAUUCUCUAAUAAUUCGGAUACGGCCUAACGGCCUACGGAUUCUUCAAGCAACAGGUCCUUCGUGUUUUAUAGUAUUGUUACCUCACUAUGUUUACGUACAUUGAAUACAAAUUGUAUUUAAUGGUGUUCAUAAUCUAUACAUAUUUUUAUGCGUUAUUGCGUUAUUGUUUAUGCAUGUGUACUCCAUACAAUGAAGAAGUAGUACCUUAAGAGGAUACAUCAUAUCAAAUUCUCUAUAAGUUUUAAACAGUGUCCUACUAUAAAAGUUUCACUAAUUGUAUCUCUCGUCCAUUAAGAGGUCAAUACAUGCUUGUUUUCGCAGGAAGAAAUAUAAGCCUUACGUUGUUAAAGUAGGAGUGAAUUAUAAGCUUCUUGAAUAUAUAAAUCAAUUUAUAAGCAAGCAUGACUUGACCCUCGGUUAUUGUAAUGGGUUUGUAAAUAUUUAGUCUAAGUAGUGGUGAUGAUUAAUCUUUAUUGGAAAGUGAUAUCUAAUUUAUUAUCGUGAUAUAGAAAUAAAGAUACUUCUUUAAAAAA